ACUUUUUAUUCAAAUGUUACGGUUAGUUAGUCAAAGUUUCAGCAACAAGCUAUAUGUCCACGGGCUCCAUUGAGUCCCCUGCUAUGCUAUAAAGUCAGCAUUUGUGACGAUUUAGCAGUACAUUUUUACCCCGCUUGAGAUUUCCUCCCCCUCUCUGCCGUGGCAGGGUACUAGUUAUAUUGCCUCCGCUCUCUCGUAUUGUUUCGCUCGCUCUCUAAUGGCGGACGUGAGGCAGUGCUGCUUGCUGACGGAAGGGGGGCACAUUUUUGCCCUUGCCUUGUUGAAAAUGUUUAGUUACCCCCUCAGGUUUGGAUCAGUGUUCUAAAAAGGACAUACUGAGAGUACAUAUGUUUUUAGGUCUGUCAACUAUUUUAUUGACACAAACAGGGCAGUUUCUAGAUAUGUAACAGUAUAGCGCCCCCUUUCGGGUGGCAACUGAACGUGUAUUUUCUGUGAUUGCCCCGGAUAGUCUCUGGGGCAACUUUCCAAUUAAACGUUUACGUUACACAGGUAUCACAAAAACAAUACAUUUGUUUUGGUUUUCAGUCUGUGUUGUGAAAACAAGUAAUGUCCACUAAAUAAUAAUGUGUGAUAGCGUCUGAGCACGGUGAUCCCCCCCCCCCCCCCCUUCUAGCUAGCUAUGUAACGUUAGCCUAUCAUCACAUUGACAUUUGAAGCAGGGUUGAGUGGUACUGUAGAAACGUGAAUAAUACGUUGCUUAUGCUGCUAAACAUCACAUGGGUCGCGAAGAACUUGUGAUAUUUUUUUCUGUAAUAACAAUGGCGCAGUCUCGUUGGCUCGACACCAAGUUCGCCGCUAAUCCAUUCCGUGGAAGGCCGGGGCAGCAGGGGUGGGAACGGAAUUGAACCACGUUUUGUGGUCCUCAAGUUAGCUCACAGACCCCAUCUCCCCCGCUCCUCUGUUAUCGGGAAUCAAUUAAUUAUAUUUGUCAUCGGUCUAUUGUCCACCUAAAGUUUUGGAACAUUUGCUCUAAGUUUUCUGAAUAAAAAUGAUAGCAUGGCGGGUUGACAUCGUUAUCCAGUUGUCUUGAGUGGAGCCGGAGGAGCUGUGGUCCUCGCGAUUGAACAGAGGUUUUACCCGGCUUGUGUAGUCAAGGGCACGGCCUGAUGGGGAGAGAGGGAGAGCUUUGGGCCAAAUGUGGUAGGCUUUUCAUGUACUGAGUCACAUCAUUAGGGAGCAUCAACUAUUAGUAGCCCCAAACAUGGGUCUUGGUGGCAAUAAAUUAUAUAAAUGAUUUGAGUUGCAUUCGCAGUCUAGCAGCAGGAAUAGAAUAGUUUGUAAUAUGGCAUAUCCAGGUGUCUGGUAGCUGCUUCACUGUGCAUCAUGCAUCAGUCAUAAACAGUGGCUUGAGCGUUAUAUAAUAUGACCAAAUGGUAAUUAUGUUGAGCGUAGAAGAGUACCAGGGACCACCCGGGGUAUGAUGAUGGCAUGGGCAUGUGCUUGUCGUAAUUACAUCAUACCUAAGUCACUCCCCAUGAUUUAAUGGAAAUUGUGCCGUUUUAGCUGUAUGCUGUGCUGCCAGUUUGCAGAUAAUGUAUGACACUGUGGCCUGUGUACAGUCUGUCUAAUGCAGUGCUUCAGUGUUCAGUUCGAAUUCUGAAUGUCUCUAACCACACCUCUAUUAUGAGGGUAGAGGCAUCAUCUGAUAAGUCUUGUUGGCAGAACGUUGACUGUCCAAGCUCUUUGCAGGAAGUAGACACGUGAAUGAAGACCACAUUCACAGUGCUGCACUGCAGUCUGGAGUCUAUUUGCUCCUUGCUGUAUCAGUGACUUGGUUCUAGCACAUAUCAACAUAUGGGUUGUUUUGCUAUUUAUUUUUGCCAUUUUGAUAUGAAUAAUGCAUGUUGUUACUUUUAAUGUAUAGAACCCACAACAACCAUAUGGAUACUAUUUAACACCUGUCCACCCCCCUUCAACCACUAUUGCAAAAGUAUUGAGCAUAGCUGGCAGAUUGGCUUUAUAAGGAUGUGGAGUAGAGCCCCCACUGUCCUAUAUGACAUUUGUAGAAGCCUUUUUUCAAAACAUGAAUAAACCGAUUAGGGAUCUUGAACACCACCCCACUUCAUUUUCCUGUUGCAUUUUCUGUCACAUAAGUGUGAGAAGAAGAAUUACAGCAGAGAGAUUGGUCAGAACUUCUGAUUUCAUCAAGCAUGCAAACAAACAAAUCUUGGAAUUUAAUUUAUCAAAUGGAAAGGAAACAACUUUUUUCCUGGGUAUUAAUUAAAUGGGAUUUUUCUCAACGUGUCACAUUAGAUUCAACUAGGCUACUUGAUUUAGCACCCAAUUGGUAACUUUUUAAAAGGACGUGGUCCAUAUUAUCAGAUAUGUUAUUAGCAAUAAGCAUGAUGACCUGUAACCCAACUGAAUCAGCAUAGUGGCUAUAAAUAAAUAGGCUGAAGCAUGGGAUUGCCUAUCUGCAUUUACCCUGUUGGGCUAAUCAUUAGUAGAGUCCUGCAUUGGGUCAGAUACCCAUGGGUGAGCCACAAAAAAAUCACCUGGCGGGUGGAAUUAAAACAUUCUUUCAACCCUUGGGUUGGCUAGCAGUUUAGAAUAAUUACAUUUUAAAUCAAGAUAAUACACUUUGUUUUAAAUGCAGCAGCUUGUUGUUUUGCAUUGUGAUGCGAAUUCUAUUCUGUGCAAGGCAGACAAAACAUGCUGACCACAACGGUCGUGUCGCGUGUGCGUGCGUUGCCAAAUAAAUGUACACAUACGUGUUAUUCAAUCAUUGCACCCACACUGCUUGCGCGCCUCAGCGAUCGUCUGUGUGGCCAGGUGCUGCAAUAGAAAUCGGUUCUAUUUGUGAUCCUCAAUGCGCUGCAAGUCCGCCCUCUCCCAUCGCCUCAUUGGUUUUUAAGAGCAUAUACCCACAUAGGUGAUUGAAAGAUGAACUGACAUCCACACUCCAGUCGUUGUAGUAAUGCACCGUAAAGUUGGUUGCCAACCACCAUAUAAAGUCCAAAGAAGUAAAAAAGAAGCCUGAGGAAGGAGGAGAGAUGACAAAACGGUAAACCGAAUUCCUUUCUCAUCUGCGGAUUUAUUGUCAGAGUAGAGGACCUUGUGCAUUUCAGGUCAAAUAACAACCCAAUGUUUAUAUCCCAGGGCAAAUUAGCUAGCAACAGCAAGCUAGCUAGCUAAAAUGCCAUAAAUGUUUAAUGCUUUUUGACCUGUCCCCAAAUUAAUAUAAUUGGUUCAGAGUUUGUUUUGAUAUUUCAACCUGCGUGUCCUGAUCGCUUCUGGUGUGGGUGAACAAAAUCAACUUGCGCGUGAUGGCGCACACGCGCGUCCGGUUUGGUCAGCAUGCUACCAGCCAUGCACACAUUGAGAUGUGGAGCCAGGAACUGUCCCCUAUUUGUGUGGUGCUAAAACGUGUCUAAUUUGUCCACGCGCAGAGCUUAUGUUCCCUCUCCCCACGUGAGAAUAUGACACAUUGCCAAGUUCACUUUCCCUAUCCAGAGAAAUAAAAAGAAAGGUUAUGAUAAGGGAAUAGACUGCAACACCAUCGUUGAAACAUGCUGCGUGAGUAAAAUCCCCCGUUUGGAAGGACAUUAACGGGGUAGAUAAAUACACAGCCUGCACAAAGUUUUUGAUAAUUCAGUUAAUUAUCAGUUGUUUAUUACAUUAAUUCAGGCUUUCAUUCAUUAGACCAAACGCAGGCCAUAUAAAGUGUAAACCGCUACUGCUGGUAAAAGUUUGAGUGGCAUACUAAAUAAAUGUAGCCUAUUUUUGAAGCCUAUAUUUGAUUCUCUUAACCUCGAGAGGAAUAUUUAUCUCACAUAGAACACACAACAAGCCGGCUAGGCAAAUAGAUAAACUAUUCUACUAUGGGGUUGUAUGAUUUUUCGAUUCAUUACUCAUUUUGUUUGCAGAGGAAAAGUAAAUGUAGACUGUUCCAGCAUCUUCAAAGUGCGCGACGGUAUAAAUAUUUUUCCAUAUUCUAUACUUUCUUUGGGGUGGCGCAGUGCCACAGCUAAAUGACUGCAGCGAAAACACUGAUGUUUACUAAACUCAGCAAAAAAAGAAACGUCCCUUUUUCAGGACCCCGUCUUUCAUAGAUAAUUCGUAAAAAUCCAAAUAGCUUCACAGAUCUUCAUUAUAAAGGGUUUAAACACCUGCACAGGAUCGGUACAUCUGAACAUCACACCUGCGGGACAAGUACAGGAUGGCAACAACAACUGCCCGAGUUACACCAGGAACACACAAUCCUCCGUCAGUACUCAGACUAUUCGCAAUAGGCUGAGAGAGGCUGGACUGAGGGCUUGUAGGCUUGUUGUAAGGCAGGUCCUCACCAGACAUCACCGGCAACAACGUCACCUAUGGGCACAAACCCACCGUCGCUGGACCAGACAGAACUGGCAAAAAGUGCUCUUUACUGACGAGUCACGGUUUUGUCUCACCAGGGGUGGGACAGGGAUUCACGUUUAUUGUCGAAGGAAUGAGCGUUACACCGAGGCCUGUACUCUGGAACGGGAUCUAUUUGGAGGUGGAGGGACCGUCAUGGUCUGCGGGGCGAUGUGUCACAGCAUCAUCGGACUAAGCUUGUUGUCAUUGCAGGCAAUCUCAACGCUGUGAGUUACAGGGAAGACAUCCUCCUCCCUCAUGUGGUACCCUUCCUGCCGGCUCAUCCUGACAUGAACCUCCAGCAUGACAAAGCCACCAGCCAUACUGCUCGUUCUGUGCAUAAUUUCCUGCAAGACAGGAAUGUCAGUGUUCUGCCAUGGCCAGCGAAGAGCCCGGAUCUCAAUCCCAUUGAGCCCGUAUGGGACCUGUUGGAUCGGAGGGUGAGGGCUAGGACCAUUCCCCCCAGAAAUGUCCGGGAACUUGCAGGUGUCUUGGUGGAAGAGUGGGGUAACAUCUCACAGCAAGAACUGGCAAAUCUGGUGCAGUCCGUGAAGAGGAAAUUCUCUGCUGUACUUAAUGCAGCUGGUGGCCACACCAGAUACUGACUGUUACUUUUUAUUUUGACCCCCCCCCCCUUUGUUCAAGGACACAUUAUUAAAUUUCUGUUAGUCACUUGUCUGUGGACCUUGUUCAGUUUAUGUCUCUGACUCAGUUGUUGAAUCUUGUUAUGUUCAUACAAAUAUUUAUACAUGUUAAGUUUGCUGAAAAUAAUGCUGUUAACAGUGAGAGGACAUUUGUUUUUUUGCAGAGUUUAUGUUGUCAUAACAGAAUGGCCAUUCAGUUGUGUUCAGCUUUGGUCUUUGGGGGUGUCAAUCACAAUCAUAAAAGGCUGUAUAACAUGGCUUGACAUAAACUUUUUUAGCCACUUGUUCUUCGGGUAAGUAGGACUGAUGUUUUUACUUAUCCGAAAGCUCAAGUCACUUGUCCAAAAAUAAAAAUGGUCCGUUACACCAUGGGCCAAAACUCUGACUGAAAAUUGUGUUGUAUGAUGCAAGGAACCACUUCAGAAAAUAACCUUCAUUAUUAUCACUGUUAUUGACACAAUGAAAGGCUACUGGUCUCUGAUCCCAUGUAUUAUAUCUCCUGCCGUUAUGGCCUUGAGCAAGGUACUUAACCCCCCACAAAGUAAAAUAUUGCACUGAUAGGCUACUGUACAAAACACAUGUGGUCCGUCAACCCUCCAUCUGGAGAGCUACUGGGUGUGCAGGCUUUUGAUCCAUCCUGCUCGUCCUGUUGAGCAGCUGAUUUUAUUUUAUUUUUUUACAAUGUGGUGUGUUCGAGCAGGGCUGGAGCAAAAGCCUGGACUCUCCAGGAAUGUUGGCCACCCUGCAACAUUACAAUUACAACCAAAUAUGUUUUUAUUAAAUAAUUCCCCCAUUCAAUGAAUCAGGGAUCAAAUUAAUAAGGUGGGCAAGGUAGUUAAUUAAGAUGUUUAUCUAUUUGUAAAGUGAAAAUAUUCAAUGUUCAGGGGAGAUCUUGGCAGCAUAGGAGUUACUUGUCAAUCAGGCUAUUCAAAUAAUAUUUUUUAACUUGGUCAGAAAUACAUGGCCAGUAUUGAAGAGAGGAGAAUCCUAGCCAAUUUUGAGCACUUGAGAGACUGUUUUACAACCGGACUAGUAUCCACUAUUGGUUUCAUCAACUGCGUUUUGUCCAUUUACAGUUAUACAGGAGUGCGGUAGAAAGAUAUUUUAGGACAUCAGACAUGACAAUGACCUUAACUAUUUAGCUAUUAACAUGCAUUAACUCUAAAGAUAACCAGCCAAACUACACUAUGUUUUGAAUUUGUUGUCUAGUUAGUCGGUUGUAUAUCUUUGUUUUACCUGCUGCGCAAUGUCUCUCUCUAUCUCUCUCUCUCUCUCUCUCGCAAUUCAAUUCAAGGGCUUUAUUGGCAUGGGAAACAUAUGUUAACAUGGCCAAAGCAAGUGAAGUAGAUAAUAAACAAAAGUGAAAUAAACAGUAAAAAUUAACAGUAAACAUUACACUCACAGAAGUUCCAAAAGAAUAAAGACAUUUCAAAUGACAUAUUAUGUCUAUAUACAGUGUUGUAACGAUGUUCAAGGGGGAAAUAAAUAUGGGUUGUAUUUACAAUGUUGUUUGUUCUUCACUGGUUGCUGUUUUCUUGUGGCAACAGGUCACAAAUAUUGCUGCUGUGAUGGCACACUGGUAUUUCACCCAGUAGAUAUGGGAGUUUAUCAAAAUUGGGUUUGUUUUCAAAUUCUUUGGAUUGUGUAAUCUGAGGGAAAUAUGUGUCUCUAAUAUGGUCAUACAUUUGGCAGGAGGUUAGGAAAUGCAGCUCAGUUUCCAUCUCAUUUUGUGGGCGGUGUGCACAUAGCCUGUCUUCUCUUGAGAGCCAAGUGUACCUACGGCGGCCUUUCUCAAUAGCAAGGCUAUGCUCACUGAGUCUGUACAUAGUCAAAGUUUUCCUUAAGUUUGGGUCAGUCACAGUGGUCAGGUAUUCUGCCACGGUGUACUCUCUGUUUAGGGCCAAAUAGCAUUCUAGUUUGCUCUGUUUUUUUGUUAAUUCUUUCCAAUGUGUCAAGUAAUUAUCUUUUUGUUUUCUCAUGAUUUGGUUGGGUCUAAUUGUGUUGCUGUCCUGGGGCUCUGUGGGGUCUGUUUAUGUUUGUGAACAGAGCCCCAGGACCAGCUUGCUUAGGGGACUCUUCUCCAUGUUUAUCUCUCUGCAGGUGAUGGCUUUGUUAUGGAAGAUUUGGGAAUCGCUUCCUUUUAGGUGGUUGUAGAAUUUAACGUCUCUUUUCUGGAUUUUGAUAAUUAGCGGGUAUCGGCCUAAUUCUGCUCUGCAUGCAUUAUUUGGUGUUUAUGUUGUACACUGAGGAUAUUUUUGCAGAAUUCUGCAUGCAGUCUCAAUUUGGUGUUUGUCCCAUUUUGUGAAUUCUUGGUUGGUGAGCGGACCCCAGACCUCACAACCAUAAAGGGCAAUGGGCUCUAUAACUGAUUCAAGUAUUUUUAGCCAGAUCCUAAUUGGUAUGUCAAAUUUUAUGUUCCUUUUGAUGGCAUAGAAGGCCCUUCUUGCCUUGUCUCUCAGCUCGUUCACAGCUUUGUGGAAGUUACCUGUGGCGCUGAUGUUUAGGCUGAGGUAUGUUUUGUUUUUUGUGUGCUCUAGGGCAAUGGUGUCUAGAUGGAAUUUGUAUUUAUGGUCCUGGCAACUGGACCACAAAUACUCUCCUCUGGUAACCUCCCGCUGGCACACAUGCAGGUGAUGCACACACCAUGACUUUUCUAAGAUUUUCAUUUACCAAAAAUUUGCUCAAACUGGGCAAAUAACUCGCUAGUAAUUAUUAUCAACAAAUGUGCCAACGUGGCUCACUUUGAUCUCAAACACAUCUCGCGACUGCAUGAUUGAAAGACUGCUGGUGCCUGCCAAUGCAGGCCUAUAAUAAUUAUACUCCGAUGUGCUCUGCAGAGAUUGGGAGAACAGUGAGCAAAACAUUGCAUCAAUUCUGAUCCAAUUAUGAUCGGAGUAGCCUAUUUGUUUGAUAUUGUGAUUUGUUUUUGCAUGAAUUAUUUUCUUGUUCAUUCAGACAACUUAAAUCUGGUGUCCAACAUUUUUUUUUACUUGCCCCAGGCAAGCGGACAAACGUUAAUAUCGAGCCCUGCCGUGGCAACUACAAUCAGUUGCAGUCUACAAUCAUAUUUGAUAUAGUGGACUGGAUUAUGCACUGCGUAUACAAAACAUUAAGAACGCCUGCUUUUCCCAUGACAUAGACUUACCAGAGGAAUCCAGGUGAACGCUAUGAUCCCUUAUUGAUGUCACUUGUUAAAUCCACGUCAAUCAGUGUAGAUGAAGGAGAGGAGACGGGUUAAAGAAGGAUUUUUAAGCCAUGAGACAAUUGAGAGAUGGAUUAUGUCUUGCCCAUUCACCCUCUGAAUGGCACAGAUACAAAAAAUGUAAGUGCCUUUGAAGGGGGAAUGGUGGCCAGGCACACCGGUUUGUGUCAAGAACUACAACUCAACAAUUUCCCAUGUGUAUCAGGAAUGGUCCACCACCCAAAGGACAUCCAGCCAACUUGAAACAACUGUGGGAAGCAUUGGAGUCAACAUGGGCCAGGAACCCAAUGGAACGUUUUCGACACCUUGUGGAGUCCAUGCCCCAACGAAUUGAAGCUGUUGUGAGGGAAAAGGGGCCGUGUGCAACUCAGUAUUAGGAAGGUUUUUCCUAAUAUUUGGUAUACUCUGUACAUGUACCCAAACUGGAGAAUGAAUGUAGCCAGGUAGUGCUGCAUUUCUCCUCCGGGUUUGGCGCCUAGUGCCUAGUACUGAACGUGACCCUGAUGUCUACACAGUAAAACCAACCUCCAUGGUAUUCUCCUGAUCACUACGGGUCAGUAACCAAAGGUGUUGCAUCUCUUGGCAACAGAGUUGGUAAAGGUGGAUUUAGUUCCACCCUCGGAACACGGACGUAUGGCCCCUUAUAAAUAUUGAUUAAUCGGGCGUGCACAUCUCCACCUUUCAACAUGUGCACAGCCCAUGCGGUCUCUGACACAGCCAACACUCCGUGAUUUGUAAACAAACCAAACAGCCAGGCUCAGGGAAGCUUAGCUAUGGAGCACAGCACUGUUAAUGGUAACGUUAGCUUUGACAUGGUGAAUGACCAUCCACUCUCCUCCUCCCUCGUCUGAAUUUAAUGAUCAAGGAUGAAUACAGAGUUUGCAGUAAUACUGGAGUUUUACCAGCAAAGCUAGAGGUUAGCUAACCUAGCUACUCCCUGGACCAAAAAAGCUAGCUAGCUAGCUACUGAUAACUAUUAGCAACUGUGGAUAUUUGGUUACAAAGCAGCAGCGCCCCUUGCAUUAAGGCGUUAGAAAAAUAUAUAUAGUUUAUUAGGUACACCCAUCUAGUACCUGGUUGGACCCCCUUUGCCCCCAGAACAGCCUGAAUUCUUUGGACAUGGAUUCUGUAAGGUGUUGGAAAUGUUCCACAGGGAUGUUGGUCCAUGCUGAUGCGAUGGUAUCAUGAAGUUACGACGGCAUCAUGCUGCGAACAGCCCGUUCCAUCCAAAGAUGCCAAAGAUACUCUAUUGGGUUUGGUCAGCAACAAUGUUCAGAUACGCUAUGGCGUUCAUUCGUUGCUUAAUUGGUAUCAAGGGACCUAACAUGUGCCAGGAAAACAUUCCACACACCAGUACACCACCACCACCAGCCUGUACCGUUGACACCAGGCAGGAUGGGUCCAUGGACUCAUGCUGCUUAUGCCAAAUCCUGACUCUGCCGUCAGCAUGACGCAACAGGAACCGGGAUUCGUCGGCCCAGGCAAUGUUUUUCCACUCGUCUAUUGUCCAGUGUUGGUGAAGCCGCUUAGCUGAUAGGAGUGGAACCCGGUAUGGUUGUCUGCUGCAAUAGCCCAUCCGUGACAAGGAUCGAAGAGUUGUGCGUUCCGUGAUGCCAUUCUGUGCACCACUGUUAUACUGUGCCAUUAUUUUGUAUGUUUGUGGCCCGACUGUUAGCUUGCAUGAUUUUAGUUGGUUAUGUAAACAUUAUUAGAACAGGCAUUGAAUGAUAAACAGAACAAAACGUGGUACCAUUCUGUGAUAUUUUUCAAAAACAAUUUCAUCCACUUCCUCACUUUGUCAAUAUUACAAUAUUGCUGCUUGCUCAGCCCCUGUCCUAGGUCUGCAUCACACAGCCCGGGAGGACUCAGUCCUGUAAGACACAUGAAACACAUAUAGUCUGGUCCAUACAUUACCCACUGUGCACAUCAACACCUGGGUCAAGCCACCCAUGAUUGUCCAGUUUUGUUCUUGUCCUGAUUCUGCUUUACUUGAGUUAUGAUGUUAUUUUCAGUGGCAGGCCUGCACUCUGGACAAACUUCAGUGAGGCUGUUGACUCCUGAAACACAGACACAAAGGUGGAGUUAGUGAAUAGUCACAUAGUCUGUCAGUCAUGGAUCAAUGUAUAUCCUAAGUUCUAUGAAUUUGACAAUGACAUACUCAAGCAUUCUCUGUGGAGAGGAAGGUGUCUGGCCAUUUUACCUUUAUUUAACUAGGCAAGUCAGUUAAGAACAAAUUCUUAUUUACAAUGACAGCCUAAGAACAGUGGGUUAACUGCCUUGUUCAGGGGCUCAGGGAUUCGAUUUAGCAUCCUUUUGGUUACUGGCCCAAAGCUCUAAUUACUAGGCUACCUGCCGCCCCAUGGUUUCACUUCUGUGGCCAUGCAUAGCAGAGGGGGGUUGGGGAUGGGUAGCCUAAGAUAAAAUGGCACAUAGGCAGCAACAAUAUUAGUUCUCACAUUUUGGUUGCUGUUGGAAUGUUAUUCUGCUAAACACAGAAGUGCAACAUUGCGGGAUUAACUAAUUUCACCAGCUAUAUACACCCAAUCUCUCAUCAUUGAUAGCAAGCUAGCUUGCUAAUUAAAACAUAACUAUGUUUUGUCCUUACAACUUUACCUGAACUGUAGUUUUUAUAUUACUUUUCAGUAUUUUGUGUCACAUUGGCCAGCAAGCACACAUUCCCUUUGAUAGCUAUGUUUAUUACUGUGGAGACAACUUGCCGUUUUAGAGACAGCUUCAUGUUUUGUAACAUGAAAACGGUGUAGUCGCGUUAGUACUUGUAAAGCAGUGAUUUACUCUGUGCCUUCAGAAAGUAUUCACACCCCUUGAGUUUUUCCACAUUUUGUUGUGUUACAGCCUGAAUUUAAAAUUAGAUUAUUUUUUUUUCACUGGCCUACAUACAAUACCCCAUAAUGUCAGUGGAAUUAUGUUUUUAGACAUUUUUACAAAUUAAUGAAAAAUGAAAAGCUGAAAUGUCAGUGCAAUAUUUUACUUUGUGGGGGGUCAAUAAAUAUUCAACCCCUUUGUUUUGGCAAGCCUAAAUAAGUUCAGGAGUAAAAAUUUGCUAAAGUCACAUAAUAAGUUGCAUGGAUUCACUCUGUGUGCAAUAAUAAUGUUUAACAAUUAUAUAUAUCUUUUUUGUGUUUUACCCUCUUCUUCUUCCCAAUUUUGAUCUCGUCUCAUCACUGCAACUCCCCAAUGGGUUUGGGAGGCGAAGGUCGAGUCAUGCGCCCCCUGAAACAUGACCCGCCGAACCGCGCUUCUUAACACCUGCCUGCUUAACCCGGAAGCCAGCCAAUUGUGCUCCACCCUAUGGGACUCCCGAUCACAGCCAGUUGUGAUAGCCCAGGAUCGAACCCGGGUGCAGGACAGGUGGUAGCAGCCUAAAUGAUGGAUGGGGAAUUGGAGCCCAAGCCUGGGGUAGUGGAGGGGAGCACAACCCCAGCCCCAGAAGAGGAACCCAUGGACACAGACACCACUCGCUCCUCAGAGAAAACCACACCCCCCACUGGAUCCCAGGCUCCCGUCACCACGGUAACAGAGGAACCCUCCAGGGUUCCGGAGAACAAUGAUGAUGAUGUGGUGCUGGUGGAAGAGGCCCCAUCUCCCUCAGGGAAACAGCCCCCCACCCCCUCUGCUACUCCUCCUUCCCAUGCUGGCACCCCCGCAGACUACACUGAGCCACGCCCCUCAGAAACAGAAACCACGGCAACGGUAAACACGACAACCGUCGCAGCAGCAGCCCCCUUAAAAAAAAACAGUCCACCUGCCACCUCAUCAGCACCAUCCACAGAGCCCAUCGUCAUUGACGAUGAGGAGGAUCCCGGGCACAGAGACUCUUCUUUACUGGCCACAGCCGGAGGCCCCUCCUCUUCGUACAGCGGAGGUAUCCUGAGCAGCACGGAGCCGGACUCUGAGAUAAAGAUUGGCAACGUCACAACGCUGGGGCCCUCUGCCGUCGCCACAGCAGCCGAGUCAGUGGCAGAGCCUGAGAGGGACAUGAACCUGAUGAUCACCAGUGUGACGUCGCUGCAAGGCGGGGUGGGGGUCGGGGGGUCGGGUGUAGUGGAGAAGGGCUUGCAGAUUAGCAGCACCUUCAGUCUGAACCCUGAGGCCCGGAGCUCCAUCAGCACUACCAGGCCCCCGGCCACUUUCAACCCUGGCAGAGUCAGCAACACCUCCACCACUAGCCAGCCUGUACAGAACGGAGACACAGGAACCCACCAGAGGCCUGAUUCGUGGAUAUCCCAGUCGGCCUCGUUCCCACGGAACCAAAAACAGACGGGGGUGGACUCUCCGUCACCAACCGCCUCUCUGCCCAAACCGCCCGGGCCCUCCCCCUCUGGCUCCCAGAACCCCCCUCGCACUGUCAAGGUGACCUGCGCCAAUUGUAAGAAGCCUCUGAAGAAAGGCCAGACGGCCUACCAGCGGAAAGGAUCCACUCACCUGUUCUGUUCCACCACCUGCCUCUCUGCCUUUUCACACAAGCCCACCCCCAAGAAGAGCUGCACCAUGUGCAAAAAGGACAUCACUACAAUGAAGGGCACGAUAGUGGCACAGGUGGACUCCAGUGAGUCGUUCCAGGAGUUCUGCAGUACAGGCUGUCUGGGAGCCUACGAGAACAAACAGAACCCACCCAAGUCCUCUCUCAAAACCAAGUGCACUGUGUGCGGAAAGCUCACUGAGAUCCGCCAUGAGGUGAGCUUCAAGACGGUCACCCAUAAAAUAUGCAGCGAUGCCUGUUUCAACCGUUACCGCAUGGCCAACGGGCUCAUCGUGAACUGCUGUGAGCAGUGUGGUGAAUAUCUGCCCAGCCGCGCCACUGCCAACCACUUUCUCAUCAUCGACGGCAAGCAGAAACGCUUCUGCUGCCAGAACUGUAUGCAGGAUUACAAGCAGAUAACACCCCACUCUAAAAUGACAAUGUGUACUGGCUGUAGUGCCAUGGUCAGGUCUAGUGAAGUCACUCACUGCAUCGGGGCCAGCGGCACCAUGGAACCAUACUGCUCCACAGCCUGCAUGAACAAGACCAAGAUCGCCAGACCCAUUACCACUGUCCUCGACUCGGAGCCCGCAUGCCACUUCUGUAAGAAGACAUCGUUACCUCAGUACCAGGCCACGCUGCUUGAGGGGAAUGUCCUAAACUUCUGCAGCUCAACGUGUGUUACCAAGUUUCAGAAUGCAAACAUUCAAACAGUAACCAAUGGACAGGCUCCCCUGUCUACAACGAACCACAACAUCCAGCUCAAAUGUAAUUACUGUCGAGGAGCAUUCAGCCUGAAGCCUGAAACCCUGGAGUGGGAGGAUAUAUAUCAAGUGGUCAAGCCUCAACUAAAUAUGCAGGAGCAUUCAACAUUGUGUGGGUAUGUAUUUUCCCCCCAGGAUAAAGUGUACCAGUUCUGCAGUAAGAUAUGUUGUGAGGACUACAAGAAGCUGCACUGCAUCGUCACCUUCUGCGAGUACUGCCAGGAGGAGAAGACGCUCCACGAGACGGUCAAGUUUUCUGGGGUCAAGAGGCCCUUCUGCAGCGAAGGUUGUAAGCUGCUGUUCAAGCAGGACUUUGCCAAGCGGCUGGGUCUGAAGUGUGUCACCUGUAACUACUGCACUCAGCUGUGUAAGAGAGGAGUGACCAGGCAGUUGGCUGGGGUGUCCAGGGACUUCUGCAGUGAAACCUGCGCCAAGAAGUUCCACGAGUGGUACUACAAGGCGGCGCGCUGUGACUGCUGUAAGGUGCAAGGGAACCUGACUGAGUCGGUGCAGUGGAGAGCAGAGAUGAAGCACUUCUGUGACCAGCAGUGUCUCCUCCGCUUUUACUGCCAGCAGAACGAACCCAACCUGGCAACGCAGAAGGGCCCAGAGAACACCAGACUUGGAUUUGGAAUACAAACUGAGGCAACCAACAUUGCGAUGUUGAGUCAGCCGUACACCGGUGGAGGGAUCCUAAAGGAUGUGAAGAAUAAAGCUGUACUCUGCAAGCCUCUCACUAUGACCAAGGCCACCUACUGCAAACCACACAUGCAGAGCAAGCUCCUACAGACAGAUGAGGAUGACUGGGUGAAGAGGGAGUACAUUCCCGUGCCCAUCCCUGUACCUGUGUUCAUCCCAGUCCCCAUGAACCUCUACGCCCAGAUCACACCCAUUCCCAUCACACUACCCGUCCCGGUUCCAGUGCCAGUGUUCCUACCCACCACACUGCAGGGCACAGAGCAGAUUGUCCAGACCAUCAACAAGCUGAAUGCCAAAGUCCCCACUGACCCCCAUGAGGCGGACCUCUCCAUGGCUGAGAUGAUUGCAGAGGACCAGAAGCCAGAUGUGAAGGUGAAGAGGGAGCAAGGAGAGGGGGGGGGCAGGUCCAGCAGCAGCAGCUCCAGUAACAGCAGCUCUGAAUCGGAGGCUGAGGAGGAGAAGUAUGAACCAGAUCUGGACCUGGAGAACGACUUUCCUCAAGACCCUUUUCCUACGCUCGAGAGCCUGGACGUGGAUAUGGGGUUCACCCUGCCCCCUCUCCUGGCUGAGGAGAAGGAGGAGGUACCCAGAGCCAGGAGACAGGGACAUAAGAGGCGAGCUGUAGAGGGAGACCCCUCUCCCCCUAUGACAGAGAGGCGCUCGCUACCCCUGAGGUCUCACUACGGGGUCAACGCCUGGAAACGGUGGGCGCUGUCCUCGGCUGACCAAUCAGGUGACGCUAAAGGGAAAGACCGCCUCAAGCAGGAAUCUCCACUGGCCCGGUCGAAGAGUAACCUGCUCUCUCUGAAAGCGUCAGAGCUCAGCCUGGCCCUGUCCCGAUUCGUCCGUGAGGUUCGGCGGCCCAACGGAGAGCGCUACGCCCCCGACAGCAUCCUCUACCUCUGCCUGGGAAUCCAGCAGCAUCUGCAGGCCAAAGGCAGGAAAGAUGAACUGUUCAGUGACCCGUGUUUCGAGCCGUUUGGAGAGGAGCUCAACAAGGUCCUCAAAGACUGGCAGCCCAGCGUGAUGCCAGAUGGUGCUCGGUGGGGCUGUGUGGAGGAGCAGUGCCUGUGGAGCUGUAAGCUGCUGGGGGAGCAGAGUCCUGCGGCAUUGCUGCGCUCCCUGGUCUAUCUCAACACCAAGUACUUUGGCCUGCGCACCGUGGAGCAGCACCUGUGCCUCUCCUUUAGUAACGUCUACGGGCCAGACCACACAGACCCAGCCACACAGGAAACCACUGUCUGCAUCCGAGUCCCCUCCAUCUCCUCACAGGACCACCCCUUACAAACAGGGUCCAGGAAGAGGAAACGUAAAGAGGACAGUGACCCGGCCUAUGAGCCAGAUGACGGCUCAGGAAGCUCCAGCCACUGUCCAGUCAAGAAGCACGAGGGUAGACUCUACGAGCUCUACCGUUCCAAGUGCCCGGGGUUGUUGAGGCAGCGUAUGGAUGUGUUCUAUGUGCAGCCAGAGGCAUCGGGCUGCAGCAGUGACAGUGACAGCUCCCUGUGGUUCUCCUCUACUCCUCUGGAACGCAGUGUCCUGGAGAGCAUCCUCACCCCUCUCCUCCUGGUCAAAGACAUCUACAGAGAACGCCAUCUAGAAGAGGAGAAGGAGGGAGGUGUGGAAUAGAGUCCACUCUUCCUCUCCAUCUCAGAGAAGAGGAGGAUUAGGGUCCUCUUUUCUUCCAUCCAGUCCCAUCCUCAACAACAUUACAACUGGGUUGCUGCAUUCUCUAUCUUUUACACCAUUACUCCACCAUUACUCACCGAUCUCAGGCCAGCUGUGAGCGUACAGUGGAUGUCAGGUGAGAAGGAACUACACAUCGUAGAAAUAGAAUGUAUAGAACGGGCAUACCCAUUUAAGUCAAUAAUGGCUUAAUGGGUGAGCUGGUGGUGUUUACCAGUCAAAUUGUUAGGGUUAGAGGUUCCAAGCCUGUUCUAUUCAUUCUAUUUCUAUGCUGCACAUGCCCAGAGCUGAUCGGAGGAAAGCAUUUCCCUGAACGGCCAAGGAAGGGGACUCAGUCUGCAAGUAGCUAGGGGUGAUAUUGGGAGUGUGUUGUAUGAAAAGCAAAUUCCCCAUGAACUGCUGCUCUUCCUUCCGUAGGGGAAGUCCGUUCACGUGAUGUAGCAUUACUUACUAAGCCCAGAUUGGGCUGCUAUGCUGUGUAAAUAUUUCUGAAAGUUAAGUAGGGGAUGGGAAGAGACAGACAUCCACCAGAAUCCAUCCCACUGAAUCCUCCUCAGCUUUGACCCCCAGAAGCCUUUUAAAGAUAAGACAUUUAUUUAUUGCGGUUGAUUGAUUGGUCUUGGUUCUAUUGUAUGUUUGUUCUUUGUACGCCGGGAUGGGAUGCGUGUUCCAUUGUGAUGCGUGUGCCAUUUUUCUCUCCUCCGUUAAGAGCAUUAAUUAGUUGAUUAAUUAAACCUGCUGCAGCCUGGAGCUCUCCUGUGUCUCUGUCUUUCCCGUUUCUUUGUUCUGAGGGUGGAGGUAGGGGUGGCUGCAGGGUUAUUGUCUGGUGCUUCAGAAGACCUGCAGGGUUUUGUCUAGAGGGGAGACAGCUUUUAUCAAAAUUGACUUUUCGUAGCAUGUUAGGAGAAUUAGGUUAAGGUUUUGAAAAUGGUUAGGGUUAGCAAAUUUGACAAAAGCUGUAUCCCAUCUACAUGACCAAGUUGCCGGUACAAGUAUGAAGGAGAUGGUAUACUGCCUAAAGACUACAUAUUUUGUCUGUUUUAAUCCCUGUGCAUUUUGUUUUGUCUCAUUGAAGCUAUUUGAUGUUGAUUAUUUAGUUGUAAACGUAGCACUUGAUAAUGGGUGUUGUAUUACUCCCAGCUGAUGAGUUAUAUUCUGUUAACAUGGCAACUGAAACUGUUUGUGUUGUAACUAGGGUGGACAGAUCUCUUUCAGGAUUAGCACAUUAUAAACAUGCCUGGUGACGUUUUCCAAAUUCACUCCAUCUCCAGGCAUCCAAAUUACACUAGAAAGCUCUGCAUCUCCUGAACUUAUUUAUGUUUUUUUUUUAUUGUUACCCUUUUAAAUUUUAUUUGUAUUAUUUUCUAUCAAUAAAUGACAUGCAAAUACCUCGUUUUUACGUUGACUUCUGAAUCGGAUUUUCUUUGAAUGGCACCUACCUUGCCUUCCAUGUACUGUCUGUGGACUACGCUUCAAGGCUGGAGGAUGUCUGGAUGGAGCCUAUCAAGGAAAGGAGUCACAAUUGGUUCUCUGACUAGCCGGCUGGCUCCAAAGCCUAAUGUGAAUGUGCCUGUGUGUACUGAAAGUGUGUGUAACUUCUUGCCAGGUUAAUUCAGUGUGUGGGCUGAUCUGCCAAAUUGAUAAAAAUAAAUAAUUUAAUUUCUUA